AUGAGAUUCUCCGAACCAGUGGUCCUGGCUCUGGCUGAAAAGCAUGGCCGAUCUCCAGCUCAGAUCUUGCUCAGGUGGCAAGUCCAGCGGAAAGUGAUCUGCAUCCCCAAAAGUGUCACUCCUUCUCGUAUCCUUCAGAAUAUCCAGGUGUUUGACUUCACCUUCAGCCCAGAAGAAAUGAAGCAACUGGAUGCCCUGAACAAAAAUUGGCGAUAUAUUGUGCCCAUGCUUACGGUGGAUGGGAAGAGAGUCCCAAGGGAUGCAGGGCACCCCCUGUACCCCUUUAAUGACCCAUACUGAGAUCACAGCUUUCCUAGUUUCCGUUCCAGGUCUCCAGGUAUAAGAAAGAGGAAGGUAAUAAAGUCAUUGGAACAUCCACACAUCCA